AAAUUCGAGAACCAAGUUGUCGGGACUACGCGUUUAUUCCGGUCGCCAGGCUUGCCAGAGGAGUGAUGGGGAUUGUUAGCAAGGCACUUAUCAGGCGGCAAUUUUCUGCGUUGCUCCGGGCGCAAUUUGCAACCGAUAAAUGCACGGUCCGCAAAGCGUCUACUGCUCUUGACGCCACUCUUGGGCUCAGCGAGGAACAGAUCCAGAUGCAAAAAACUGCCUCCGACUUUGCCGAAAAAGAAUUCCUGCCAUACAUGCAAGAAUGGGACGAAAAGGAGAUAUUCCCCGUGGAGGCGAUGCGCAAGGCCGGCGAACUGGGCUUCGGCGGCGUGUACAUAUCGGACCAGUAUGGGGGAGCGGGACUGAGCAGGCUCGACGCAUCGGUCAUCUUCGAGGCUCUGGCCAAGGGAUGCGUCAGCACCACGGCAUACAUCACGGUGCACCACAUGGCGUUGUGGAUGAUCGACCGGUACGGGACCCACGAACAGAAGCAGAGGUGGCUGCCCGACCUGUGCUCCAUGGAGAAGUGUGCCUCGUACUGCCUCACCGAGCCCGGUAGCGGCAGCGACGCCGCGUCCAUCAGCACGACGGCCACGCGCGACGGCGACGACUACGUCCUGAACGGCACCAAGGCAUUCAUCAGCGGCUCCGGUGCGAGCCACGUGUACGUGGUGAUGUGCCGCACCGGCGGAGCGGGACCCAAGGGAAUCUCCGCCGUGGUCGUCGAGAAAGGCACGCCCGGCCUCAGCUUCGGGAAAAAGGAGAAGAAGCUCGGCUGGAACUCCCAGCCGACGCGCAUGGUCAUCUUCGAGGACUGCCGCGUGCCCGUGUCGCACCGGCUCGGCGAAGAAGGCCAGGGAUUCACCAUCGCCAUGGAGGGACUCAACGGAGGGCGCAUCAACAUCGCGUCUUGUUCAAUGGGAGCCGCUGCUGCAAGCAUCGACAUCGUCACAGAGCACAUGAAGGUUCGGAAGCAGUUCGGAAAGCCUCUGGCAUCUUACCAGCACAACCAGUUCUGCCUGGCGAGGAUGGCGACGAAGCUUCAGUCGGCGCGCCUCAUCGUGCGCAAAGCAGCCGAGGCGAUCGACGAGAACCGGCCCGAGAAGGUCACCAUGUGCUGCAUGGCCAAGCUGCACGGUACGGAAGAGAGUUUCAAGAUCACCAACCAAGCGCUGCAGAUGCUGGGUGGAUACGGAUUCAUCAAGGAGUACCCUGUGCAACAGUACCUGCGAGACCUUCGCGCACACAUGAUCAUCGAAGGAACAAACGAAGUCAUGCAGAUGGUGAUUUCCAAAGACAUCCUAAAAGAAUAAAGACGAUAAAAGUGCCAACCUUAGCUGUGCCAGGCAGAGACGACGCUACGAAACUGCUCGGCACACGCACGCUCUUUCCAACGUACAGAGCCUCGGGCCGUGGGUCACGAACUGUACCCCCCGCAUCCUCCGCCUCAGCAGGUGCUGACAAACUGCUCCUUUUAUGCCCUCGUCAAAAUCGCGAAUACCGUCCCAUUAGACAGCGAUUUAUCGUCAGAGUCUUCGCAGCUACGUAUUAAGCGAUCCUGCAUAAUCUGCGCAAAGAAAUCACCUGAGGUAUUGCAGAUCUAUACAUCCGCCGACGCGAAAAGAAUAUCAUAUUGUAUCCGAUUUAAACGUUGCCUGUGAUUCUCUUCUGGCAUUCUUCAAAAGUUGUGACAUGAGGCCACCCAAGUGGAAGCGAUGUAUCAUCGGUAAUUUCUGACGCCUAACGCGCUUAAUAUAUUAGUGUUCGCGCUUACAUUCAACCUGAAGGUGGAACCGGUUGCGCGCUUUGUGCGUCGAGGUUUCAGCCACAAAGCACACAAAGCAUGCAGCUACAAUGGCAAAAGCGCAAGAAGUUCACAUAGGUGGAGGACUAAUAUUAUUAAUAAACCAAAUGACGCAAAUUGAGGCGCUUUAAGGACUCUGUCUCUCUGAUUGAACGGACUAGCGAGGUUAAUUUGCAACUUUGAUGUUUCCAGAAAUAUAAUCCCUGGACUAUCCAGUUAUAACUCCCUGAAACACGAGGCCUAGAUAAACGCCUCGCCGUGGGUAACAUCGCCCUGACACCAGCCCACAGACGCUCUGUGAACAGGGUGGUAUGUUGCACAGAAUAAAAAUGGAAACUGUGCAGAGACUGUUAUAUGCUUAGCAGGCGACGCUGCACCGGAUGCCGAUUCGGCUGAACCCUCUGAACAAGCUCUCGAGAGCACGUGCGAGUGCAGCGACCGUGGUUAAUUCUGUCCUGGGCGCACACGAUGGCGAGAGCUACGCUACGUUUUCCCGAGGCACGUGCGUGAGUUGCGAGACAGUCUGCGCCUAUUACGGAGGAUCACUGUUUGUCCCUAGUGACCGAUACUCUGGAAUGAGCUCCGUAGCCCUUUUGUGGUUUCGUGGCGUAUUUUUCAAUACAAUCAGGAGUACAAAUGAACUCCUCGAAAAGUUUAGGUUUGGCUCAUCGAGCUGUAAGCCAGAACAGUUUGCAGGCAUUAAUUAGGUGGACUGAUGUUGCGCCAAAGUAGCUUGGCGUGCCGCUUGACGGGUAUAAAUUAAGCGCGGGUUAAGGCCCUGCAAUGUUACGCUCAGACAUUCGUUCCACACCAACUUUCUAUUUUCGGAAGAGCCUGCAAUAAGUUUUUGGCAACAAGAAUUUACUACGUAUUGCAAGU